GGCACGCAGAGAUUUUGGCUUGAUUUUCGAUAGUGAUCUUCGACAUUACUCACACGUUUGAACUUACGACCUUCCUCUGGUUUAGAGUUCAUGGAAACUCAGGCACCUGAGAUGAAGAUGGGGGUGGAGACCUCUGGAGAGAGGCAGCAGGAGGACAGGGCCUCUUUAAUGGAGAACACCACCUCUGUCAAGGACGUGAAGACCUGUGGAAAGGUGGAGAAGGCAGACAGGGCUUCUGAGCUGAGGGAACUUGAGGAGCACUUCUAUGCUCUUGAGGCAGACAGGAGAAACCUCCAGUAUCUCCUGCAAGAGCAGAAAGAAGACCAUGCAAUGGCACUGAGAGCCCUGGAGAGAGAAGCUAUCCAGGAGAGACUGGAGUGGGAGAGGCAGAUGAGGAAGAGAGAGGAGGCCCUGCAUUCUGCCUUUAUGUCUGUGGUUAUCAGCAGACAAAAGAUGUUGAAAGACCUGAAGAGUACCACCAGUCUCAUGGACAGGACCAGUGGGACUGGACACAUUGUCACCUCUCCUACUGUUCCUCAGGGUGGCAAAAACCAGAACGGAACAGCAGUGGGCCUGGACAGGCAACGCAGAAAAUGGUGGUUCCUCUCAUGCUGCUCUUCCCAUGUUGAUUCUCAGGACUCGAACACCAGCAGUGCGACAGCAGACAAGAUGGCAGAUCUGCAGCUGAUCGCAAAGCUGGAGGAGCGUGUUAGAAAGGCUGAAGCAAAAAAGCAGCAAAAAGCCCUUAAGAAGGCAGAGAAGAAGGCAGAGAAGGCAGAGAAGCAGGCAGAGAAGGCAGAGAAGAAGGCAGAAAAGCAGGCAAAGAAGGCAGAGAAAAAGGCAGAAAAGCAGGCAAAGAAGGCAGAGAAGAAAACGAUGAAGGCUGAGAAGAAGACAGCCAAGAAAGAGGCAAAGAAAGCAGGGAAGAAGGAUGAAGUCAAGGAAAACAGUCUGAAACAGUCUCUGUCUUCAGCUACAAAGGAAUGAUGACAAUGCCUU